AUGAGCGAAAAGCACUACACCGACGGAAAGUACUACGCUGGCAGAAAGUACUAUGUCGACCGAAAGUACUACGCCGACAGAAAGUACUAUGUCGACAGAAAGCACUAUGCCGGCAGAAAGUACGAUGCCAGCGGAAAGUACGAUGCCAGCAGAAAGUACUACAAGGGCAGAAAGUACUACGCCAACAGAAAGUACUACAAGGGUGGAAAGUACUACACCGAUGAAAAGUACUACGCCAACAGAAAGUACUACGAGGGUGGAAAGUACUACACCAGCAGAAAAUACUGCGGCAACAGAAAGUACUAG